CAGCAACGCGUGGCAGGGGACAGCUAGUUGCAAGUAAACAUAGAUUUUUAAAAUACAAGUAAUGCCAGACUAAUUGGGAGGGAGAGGUAAUAUUCCAGAGGACAGGUUCAGAAUCUGAAAUGGCCUUAAUAGAUUACAGAGCUGGGCUAUUCUGUGCCAUCGGGUGUCUUGGGAAUGGGAUCAUAUUCCUGACUGUAUUGUCGAAGGCUUUCAUGGCCGGAAUCACUGGGUUGUUGGAGGUUUUUUGGGCUGUAUGGCCAUGCUCUAGAAGCAUUCUCUCCUGACGUUUCGCCUGCAUCUAUGGCAGGCAUCCUCAGAGGUUGUGAGGCUUUGACUCUUUGUUUGAGGGAAUGCAGCUGGGCCAUUCUGUGGCAUUGUAACAUCCCACCCCGGAGUCUUGGGAGUGGGACCACAUUCCUGACUCCUUGCUUGAGGGAAUGCAGCUCCAGGAGGUUUUCCAGAGCUGGAGGAACACAGAUCCCAUUUAGAUACCGGCCCCUCCUCUUGGAUCAUGUGCCUGAAUCCAGGCAAUUGCAAAGGGAGUGGCUGUGAACCAAGAGGCUACAGGAGCAGGGCAUUUGAGUAUAUUGUGGGCUCAGAGGCAUCAUGGCAGGAGAAUUCACGGGGAAAGAAGUUUACAAGCAAAAAUUCUGCCCAAAAAAUUAUUUAAACAUGUAUCUAUCUUUCGAGUCUGGUGACUCUCUGAACAGCGGAACUGCAUUUGCUACUAUUCUGGACAAGCUUCACAAGGCAUUCGCAAAGGYUGGSAUCCYAGGAGACACCUUGAUCGAUAUUGGCAGCGGUCCCUGCAUUCACCAGCUCCUCUCCGCCUGRGAGUCCUUCAAAGAGAUCAUUGCCAGUGAUUUCCUUGAGCAGAACCGAGAGGAGAUGAAGAYGUGGCUGAAAAAAGAUCCAGAAACUUUCGACUGGGRCCCGGUGUUGAAAUAUGUUUGCCAGCUGGAGGGAGACAGGGAGAAGUGGAUGGAAAAGGAGGAGAAGCUCAGGAAGGCCAUCAAGCAAGUCCUGAAGUGUGACGUGACUUUGGCUAACCCUCUUGACCCGGUGCAGGUGGAUCCAGCCGACUGUGUCCUCUCCACUUACUGUGCAGAAGGAGCUUGUGGAGACCUUCCUUCCUAUCAGUCAGCCAUGAAGAACAUGGGCUCCUUGAUCAAACCUGGAGGACACCUCAUCUUGGUGGUGGCUCUUGAAGAAACCUUCUACAUGGUGGGGCCAAACAAGUUCUCUUGCCUUUACCUGAAACCAGAAAUGGUUGAGGAUGUUCUGAAAGGGGCUGGCUUUGAUAUUGUGUCCUCUGAGGUUCUUGUGUUUGAUUAUCCGGCUGCCAUCACUGAUGCCAAGGCCACAUUGUUCCUAGUGGCCCAGAAGCCCAAUAAAUCCCAGUGAGUCAGUGAAAAAGGAAAGUGACUCAUCAUAGUCAUAGAGUUGGAAGAGACCACAGGGGUCAUCCAGUUCAACCCCUUCCAUGCAAGAAUAGCACCAUCAAAGGCCCCCUCCCUGGACAUAUGGCCAUCCAGCCUCUGUUUAUAAGCCUCUAAAGAAGGAGUAUCCACUGGACUCAGAGGCAAAGAGUUCCACUGUUGACUAGCUCUUCUUUCAGUCAGUAAGUUCUUCCUCAUUUUCUGGUGGAAUCUCCUUUUCUGUCGUUUGAACCCAUGGCUUUGUUCUUCUCCAGACCAUCAGACACAAGCUUCCUCAUGACAUCCUUUCACAAACUUAAGCAUGGUGAUUAUGUCACCUCUCACCUUUCUCUUCAGGAGGCUAAACAGACCCAGCUCUUUAAGCCACCCCUCAUACUGAUUACUCAUGGUCUCCAGACCAUUGAUCAUUUCAGUCAUCCUCCUCUGGACAUUUUCCAGCUUGUCAAUAUCUCUCUUAAAUUGUGAUGCCCAGAAUUGAUCACAGGGUUAUUAUUCCAGGUGGUCUAACCAAAGCAGAAGAU